AUGGCGCAGAGCUUUGGGCUUUUGCCGGUUCGGGGAGUCACUGGGGAAAAUUACAACGAUUUGAGUUUCAGUUGGUACUUGAAGAGGGUUUUUUAUUCGCAGGUGCUUAUUUUUGGGUCGUGUUUUGUGGCCGUGGUGGCGUUCUUUAGAAUGGUCUACGUUGAGUAUAGUUUGAGCAACUUGAUUGAACACGUUUUGUCUAUAAUUUACGUUUGUUCGCAAAUACCUGGCGACGAUCCAGACAAAUAUCUGACUUAUUUUUCCCGGAAUUAUCCACAUUUGUUUGACUUUUUUGAAUUUUCCGCCCCUCUGGCAGUUUUCGCUGUGGUAAUGAAUUUUUUGAACGUGUUUUCCUGGAACUUUCUGGACGCUUUUCUCAUGAUAAUAAGUCUCGGGCUGUCUCAAAAGUUCCAGGAGGUAACCAGAAGGAUUCACGUAAAACACCACUGGAUGAAAAUUCGAGAAGACUAUAACAAAAUUUCCAUUUUGUGUAAAACUGUCAACAAGGAAAUAUCCACUCUUAUCAUAGUGUCUUUCGCUACGAAUAUGUUUUUCAUCACGUCACAACUAUAUUGGAGUCUUAGCCACAAGUCGACAGCUAUCGAAAGCAUCUACUUCUUCUUUUCCUUCGGGCUUCUGGUGCUUAGAACCGUCGCUGUAAUUCUAUUCGCUUCAAAUAUCAAUGACGAAAGCAAGAAGUCGAUGAGUUAUUUGUUGUCGCUGAAUUCUGACGCCUAUAGUUCUGAGAUCGAGAGGUUCGCCUAUCAGAUACAUUGUCAGCCCGUGGCGUUGACCGGCAAUGAUUUUUUUACUAUAACCAAGGGGCUUCUCUUGGGGAUGGCUGGAAGCAUCGUCACCUACGAGCUUUUCCUGAUCCAAUCAAACGGUGCGAUUAAUUACUUUUGA